AUUAUUGUAUUAUAUGUCGCUGCUUUAAUUUGACAGUGGCACAUUACUAAAUGUGUCAUUAUUUUUGUAAUGUUACCAUUCUACCCAAACUAACCUUAAGCAUCUUGUGAAUAAAACUCAUAUUCCUAUGUAUAUAUUUGGCUAGGUGGCGUGACUGAAUGACGUUAUCUGAUUGGUCGAAAUUGACCGCCAUUUUGUUGGUACAUCGACACAACGCCAGUUGCUUAGAAUUCUCGCAAGGUGACGCUCGCAUUUUCUCUACGAUAUAGGCACAAAACGAAAUAGUUCGUUGUUAUUUUUAGAAUAUUUUCUUAGAUAAAGUCAUUUUACGUGUUGUGACCAUAUUCAAAAAGUUUUGAUGUGAUAGUUGUGUUUUGUUUCACUUAAAGAACGUGGUAUUUGGUGUUGUGACAAUAUCAAAACAAUGAAUAAUAGACGUACUCUUCAGAUGUUUAAAAACAUGAACAUGGAGAAAAACACAAAUAAUAUCAGUUCAGAAGAAUUAUUGCCAAUUUCGGUAUCUGAUUAUGGUCCUGAAAAAUACGAAGAAAGGAAUGCAUUAUCACCUUUGCUGGUUGAAAACAAGAAGGUAUUUAACAAAUUUCCUAUAGAAGAACAAGAUUUUUGUUCAGACGAUAGUGUCAAGGAUCCUGACUACGAAAAUAAUAUAAUAUUAAGUGAUUCGGAUAGUUAUGAAACUAAUAUUAAUAAAACUUUUUCAACACAACGACAGAAAAGAUAUUCUAAAACCAAAAAGGUACCAAAUAAAAAGUUUACUUUUGAUAUUCGUAAGCCUUUGCUGCCGUUACAGAACAAAAGAGACUAUGUUUCCGAAACCACUCUUCAAACAGCGGAUAAUAAAUUAAACAGGCAAUCUGAUCGUGAUAAAACUGGUCUUGCUGCCCCAACCUCCUCAACAGCUAUCGAAAUUAACAGCAAUAUUGAACAGAAUCAGUCUGAUUUAGCAAUUACAAAUUUAAACAGCUCUCAACAAAGGUCUAGCUCAAGAAUCUCAUCUAGUGCCAGUUCUUCAGAUUCCAGCAGUUCUUCUUCUUCUGAUUCAAGCAGCUCAUCGGAUUCCGAAUCAGAAAGUCGUGACGUAGCAGGCGUUAUCAUAUCAGAUCCAGUGGUAGAAAAUAACAUAUCAGUCUGUCUCUCAAAUGAGAUUGCACCUUCUAACCAGAAUCCUGAAACAAGCUUCAAUUCAGAGGCAAAUUCCAGAACUAUAUUAGACACUACUGAUCCUGAUAAUUCUGCAGUCCUUUCACCAUCAUCAAAUACAAUAAAAUUAACCCGAAAACGUAAGCUAAAUCCAGAAAAAUGGUUAUGCGUACAAGCAAAGACAUUGAGAAAUAGAGGACAGGAAUACACAUCAAAAUGUGGUAAAAUUGUGCCAGAAAAAUCAAUGAAGACUCCAUGUGGUGAGAAGUGCAAACAAAAAUGUACGAAUAAAAUAUCAGAAACCCAGCGAAAAAAGAUUUUUGAUACUUAUUGGAGCCUAGGCGACCUGCAAAAACAAAGAGAGUACAUAUUGAGACAUACUUCAACUAUUAAACCAAGAUAUUCUUACAAAGUUCAUAACAGUAACCGCGGGAAUAAUAAUGCUUUUUAUUUGACAGUAGAUGGCGAACGUAUUAGAGUAUGUAAACAAUAUUUUAAGGCCACCUUAGCUAUAUCUGAUCGCCCUAUUAGAACAGUUUUCGAAAAAAGUCAGCCAUCGGGAUCUUUGGAGCAAGAUAAACGUGGGAAACACGGCAACCAUCAUGCUAUAGAUCCAGCCAUUAAAGAAGGCAUUAGAAAGCACCUUGAUUCAAUACCGAAAAUAGAGAGCCACUAUUGUCGAGCGGAUACUAAACGUGUAUACAUAGAUGGUGGUAAGACUGUAGCAGAUUUGCAUCGAGAUUAUGUGGCUGAAUGCCAAUCGAAGGGUCUACCGAGCGCAACUUACAUUAUGUAUUAUAAUAUAUUUACGUAUGAAAAUAAUAUUUCAUUUUUUCAACCAAAAAAGGAUCAAUGCGAAGAUUGCACAGCAUAUUCUAAUUCCACUGAAGAAGAAAGAAAUAUACUUAAGGAAAAGUAUGAGAAACCUUUAAAAGAAAAGAACUUAUCGAGACAGGCAAAAGAUGAUGAUAAGAAUCACACAGCAGAUAAUACUAUCGUCUGUGUUUAUGAUCUCCAAGCUGCAAUGAGUUGUCCGAAGGGCGAGGUAUCUAAUUUUUAUUAUGUCUCUAAGUUAAACUGCUAUAAUUUUACUGUGUGCAAUUUAAAAAAUAAGGAUGUCACUUGUUUUGUUUGGCACGAAGGCCAAGCAAAAAGAGGGGCUGUUGAGAUUGGGACUUGCGUUCUGGAGUACAUUAAAAAUUUAAUACAAACUGCUGAUAACCUUGAUUCCAAGCUAGAUUUAGUGUUCUAUUCCGACAAUUGUUGUGGACAACAAAAAAAUCAUUACAUAAUAGCACUUUAUAUGUAUAUAGUUCAUCAUUUUGAUUAUAUCAACACAAUCACACAUAAAUUUUUAGUUAAAGGGCACACACAGAAUGAGGGCGACAGUGCUCAUUCUGUGAUUGAAAGGCAAAUACAGAAAACUUUGAAAUCAGGCCCUAUAUAUACUCCAGACCAGUAUACCCACAUAAUUAGGAAUGCUAAGAAAACAGGUACGCCAUAUAAAGUUCACGAACUGAGUCAUGAUGAUUUUAUUGAUAUAAAAAGUUUAGCUACUUCCAUAGGCAAAAAUUAUACUAAAAAUACAGAAAAAGAAAUAGUUAAAAUUACAGAUGUUGUCGUUUUAAAAGUGGAAGCAAAAGAUACAGAAAAUUACUCAUUUUAUUAUAAAAAUUCAUACGAAAGUGAUGUGUUCAAGAAAGUGAUAGUUGAAAAUAUUGGAAAAACAAGAAACAGUAGCACUAGUAAUAAAAAUAUUUCACUAAAGAAAAUUUACAAAACUAAAAUGAUGAUAUGUGAGAAAAAGAAAAAAGGCCUACUUACUUUGCUAAAUAAAAAACUUAUUCCCAGAUUUUACGCCCCAUUUUUUGAGAAUCUAUAAAAGUAUUUUUUCAUAAUAGUUAUAGUUCGUAUACCUAUGGAGGUACAGACAUAGUUUUUUUUACCAUUUCAGAAACUUAUAAGACAAUUUUUGUACAUAGUUUUACAUUUUUUUUUGAAGUUUGUGUUAUUUUAUUUGAUUUUAGUGGUUCAAUAAAAGAUUAUUUUAUUAGAAAAAAGUUUAUGUUUUGUUAAAGUGGGCUUGUGGCAUUAGUCAUACAUAAUUUGUGGUAGGAGAUUGUUAUUAAAACAUUGUUUCUGUUAAACAGAUACUAGCUAAUAUUUGCAAUUUUGGGUGUAGUGUGUAUUCUGUAAAAUAAAGUAAUUUACUAAUGAGUAUUUUCUGUGAUCUUUUUAACGUUGAAGAUUGAUAGAAAGUUAGCCAUACAAAACAAGGUAUGCCAUUAUGUAAUAAAUAUACAUUAGUUUUGUAUUUCACUUUCUUUAGAAUAGCAAUGUAAUUGUAAAUGUUACAUUAUUUUGAAAAAUCCACUCCAAAAGAUUUGCAUCAAAAAUACAUGAGUCAUUGUAUAAAAAUUGCUUAGCCUACUACAUUUGUUCUAUUAGGAAUAGUGUCAUUGUUCACGAAAGGAUGUUGUCAAGUUAAAGGUCAUUCUAUGGUUUAUGCCAAUGUUGAUAAUAAUUCAAUUUUAAACUGUUUGACGUAUGUCUGAAGCACGCUAUUUUUUACAAGUUUAUGUGUUAUUUUUGUACUGAAAGAGUUAAGUAGGUCAAUAAUAUAAGAACAUUUCUUAGAUUAUACGUUGAUUUUUGCUAAUUUCAAAGGAUUCCCAUUAUUAAAAUAAAAGAUAUAAAUAAGUCAA